ACUUCCUGAAAAAAAACAUGCAAGACAGACAGAGCGAUUUGAGAAACACAGAGAAUCUACAAAGUGGACACGGAUUAGAAGACAGAGAAAGCUUGGCUGUUUUUUGUGUGUUUUUUUUUUUAACUUCACGCCGCCUCUUCAGGAUCCAUUGCUUCAAACAAUAUUGAUGACUGAGCAGUUUUAAGACUAGGCCUACACCCUCAUCAUAACAACCAGACUACCAUGGAGACCCUGGAUAUCACCCUGACCAAGUGGUUUAAGGUGAAAGAAUACGACCAGAAGAGUGAGCAGCGGGCAGAGAAACACGAGGGACUCCGGGGACGUAACAACAUCACUUCCUGUCGGAGCCCAACCAGAGAACUGGACACGCGGUGGAUCAAGAAGGAGCUGAGGCGGAAGAGACAGCAGGAAUUCGAUAUAAGACGAUCGGUCAGCCCAGAAAGGGCCAAAGAUUCUGGAAAGGUCAAGGACGACAGUUGUGUCAUCUGUGACACAGCCAAGUCAGAGACGGUGGGGGCUAAGGUCAGUGUGACCCCUAAGUCAAAUCUGCGUGGGUCACAAAGGGCGAAAGACUCUGCAAAGAUCAAGGAUGACAGUUGUGUCAUCUGUGACGAAGCGAAGUCAGAGUCUUUGCAGUGUAACAUCAAUUGGCCUAUGCCCCCUAGGCUUAUGUCCAAUGGACGGCCAUUGAUAAUGGCUCGAAGAAUAAAGACAUCCAAAGAUGACCUGGACAACAGUGAAUGGGCCUCAAUAUGGAAAAAUGAGAAGAGCAGUACUAGAACACUAGAGGCAGUUUCCUACACCUUCACCACCUCCACCCCAACCUUCACCACCUCCACCCCAACCUUCACCACCUCGACCAGAGAACCACCCACCUCCACCCCUACCUCCACCCUGAAGACGUCCACCCCGAGCAGAGAUCUAGUCCAGCCCAGGUUAAAAGCCUCGACAAAACAACCACCCACCUCCACCCCUACCUCCACCCCUACCUCCACGCCUACCUCCACCUCUACCUCCACCUCUACCUCCACCCCUACCUCCAACCCUACGUCCACCCCGAGCAGAGAUCUAGUCCAGCCCAGGUUAAAAGCCUCGACAAAACAACCACCCACCUCCACACCUACCUCCACUCCUACCUCCACACCUACCUCCACCCCUACCUCCACCUCUACCUCCACCCCUACCUCCACCCCUACCUCCACCCCUACCUCCACCCCUACCUCCACCCCUACCUCCACCCCUACCUCCACCCCUACCUCCACCCCUACCUCCACCUCUACCUCCACCCCUACCUCCACCUCUACCUCCACCCCUACCUCCACCCCUACCUCCACCCCUACCUCCACCUCUACCUCCACCCCUACCUCCACCCCUACCUCCACCCCUACCUCCACCUCUACCUCCACCCCUACCUCCAACCCUACGUCCACCCCGAGCAGAGAUCUAGUCCAGCCCAGGUUAAAAGCCUCUACAAAACAACCACCCACCUCCACCCCUAUCUCCACCCCUACCUCCACCCCUACCUCCACCCCUACCUCCACCCCUACCUCCACCCCUACCUCCACCCCUACCUCCACCCCUACAUCCAACCCUACAUCCACCCCGAGCAGAGAUCUAGUCCAGCCCAGGUUAAAAGCCUCGACAAAGAAAGGAAAGGGCAUCCUGAAGGGUACAGGAGGUAAGAAGACACAGCAAGAAGUCAGCUCACAGACAGAGCCUGGCUCUAUGUACACAUCUGGCUCUAUAUACAGGCCUGGCUAUGUUACCGUCAAGGAAUCUGAAGUUAUUCAGCUGGAUGUUUACUUGCAGGAGGCUCUAUGGAGAGAGGAGGGCCUGAAGAAGAAGUUGGCUGUUCUCCAGAAGCGUGGCUCCACCCUGCUGCAUCACUCUGACACCCUAUGGACCACAAGCUGCAAUGAAGACCUACUAAAGAACAAGAUCAGAGCAUUGGAAACACAGCUGCAAGUCUGUCUGCAGAAACUCCCCUUGGAUGGAGUGAAGAAGCUAGUGAUACAGAUGGAGAAACAGAAGGGAGCGUAUGAGGAGAAAGCCUUGGAGGUCAUCCAGAGGGCAACAGAGGAGAAAAAGGAAGCUCUCAGUCAAGCUGAGACACUCGAGGUUGGGGUCUCUACAGAAAGGCUUGAAGUGCUGCUGCAGGCAGCCAGAGUGGAAGCGGCGCAGUGGCAGGGUCUGUGUGAGGAAAUGAAGGAGAGCUCAGAACAGCUGAAGAAGAAACAGGAGAUCAGCUCUGAACAGGUCCUUCAACUGCAGAACCAACUGGAGCUGGCCAGGGGUCAGGAGGCGGGGCUGAGGGAGGAGCUGGGGGCAGUACAGCGAGUGGAGGAGGAGUUACAGUCCAACAUUGUUCUACUGGAAGAACAGAACGAGAACCUGAGGGAACAAAUCCAGGAGUUGAGAGAUGCCAGAACUGAGACUCAGGAGGUGUCCCUGGAUGAAUCCUUGGCCCAGUUGGAUGUGUCUCUGGAGCAGUCAGAGGAGUUGGAGCGGACCCUGGCCCAGUUGGACGUGUCUCUGGAGCAGUCAGAAGAGUUGGAGCGGACCCUGGCCCAGCUGGAUGUGUCUCUGGAGCAGUCAGAAGAGGAGGAGGAGGAGGAGGAGCGGACCCUGGCCCAGUUGGAUGUGUCCCUGGAGCAGUCAGAAGAGUUGGAACGGACCCUGGCCCAGUUGGACGUGUCUCUGGAGCAGUCAGAGGAGGAGGAGGAGGAGGAGGAGGAGGAGGAGGAGGAGCUGAUUGUAUCGUCGCAGCAGAAGCAGUUAUCAUGGGGAGAUGGAGAUCAGGUUCUGGAGCAGCUCCGUCACGCUCUGGACCGACUACAGCUGAAGGAGAGGGAGUGUGAGGAGCUGCAGAACGAUCUGGAGGCCGUAGAGGCAGAGUGCCAGUCAUGCCAGGUCCGUCUGACACAGUGCAGGGACGAACUCCGACAGCUCAGCCACCGACGCAGCAGCAGGAAGCCCUGUGUCUCGUGGAUAUGUCUCUGUGUUCCACUACUACUGCUCCUGGCCAUGGUGGCGGCGGCCAUCUUGUGGGCGUGGCAUCCUCCCUUCAAGGACCAAGUCCAGGACCUGUACUCAGCUGUAGAGGAACACAUAGAGGACUAUCUACUGCAGGCCGUCUCUCCACAACACGUUGGCUGCUUCAGGCCUGUCUGACCACAGCACGUUGGCUGCUUCAGGCCUGUCUGACCACAGCACGUUGGCUGCUUCAGGCCUGUCUGACCACAGCACGUUGGCUGCUUCAGGCCUGUCUGACCACAGCACGUUGGCUGCUUCAGGCCUGUCUGACCACAGCACGUUGGCUGCUUCAGGCCUGUCUGACCACAGCACUAGCCUGAGUCCCACAUCGGUUUGGGCUCUCUUGCCAACUCUAAGACAUUGGACUUGACAAGACAGUACAAAGAGAUCUGGGACUCAGGCUACCACACCACAGCACAGCUCAGGUUUAAGAUUUAUAGUUUGAUUGAGUUUGUUUUGUGUAUAUUAGGAAUUUUUGUUAAGGUAUUAUUAAUUACUUUUUUAACAAAAAAAUCUAACAAAAACAAUCCAAAUGAUAAAAGACAAAACAAUCUAUUAAUUUAAUUUAUAUUUAUAACUCAGAACCUUUGUGUGCCUUUAUAGAUGAAUUGAGAAGGACAACUAAGCAUUAGUUGCUUUUGAUUCCAACUUUAAAGUAGUCUCUGCAGAUAGAGUUUGAUUGACUUAAACAUGAAUGUUUACAAUGUUACACAUUACACAAACUUUGGGAUAAAAAUAACAAUUUACUGCCUAUCAGUGGAAGCGGCUGAGAGGAGGACUGCUCAUAGUAACGGCUGGAAUGGAGUCAAUGAAAUGGAAUCAAACCACAUGGACACCACGUCAUGGAAACCACGUCAUGGAAACCACGUCCUCCCAGCAGCCUCCUCUGCUGCAUAUGCAUCGUUAUGUAAUAAUUGUUCAAUAUCUUUGUUUGAAAUGAUUAUAUUGGACUAAUGCACCUCAUAUUUUAGUUGAACAAAAAAAUCGUGCAGAUCAUGUAAAUCAUUAGAAAAGUAUCAUAAUAAGUA